AUGGCUGAUUUGGAGCAACAGAAUGGUGACGGACCAUAUAUCCCCGAUGACUUCAUGUAUUCUACUAAAGUUAGUUCAUGUGAACCUCAGGUGAGACAAAAUUUCAUGAUGAAAGUUUAUUCUUUACUUUCAUCACAAUUACUAUUUACAUUUGCAUUCUCUUACGCAGUUGCUCGUAAUAAUGGUUUACAAACAUUUAUGUUUAGUCAUAUGGCUCUAUGGUGGAUCGCUAUGGUUGCAUCGGUAGUGACAUGCAUUUGGUUAUCUUUUGCGCCACGUGCAGAAGAAGUUGAAUACAGUACAUCUUUGUUAAAUGAUGGUAUUGAUAACGAUGACCCUCAAACAUUACCUUGGUACGUUUUAGGUCGUUCGGGGAAACUAGCUUUAUUAUCGAUUUUCACACUUUGUGAAGCUUAUACUUUGUCGGUCGUUACCCUAGUUUAUGACCCAGAUGUUGUGUUACGUGCCUUAUUAAUCACAGCCGUGAUUGUUAUUGGUGUAUCCUUGAUGGCUUUAUCACCAAGAUUUGCAAAUGUAUUGAACUCUGCUACUUCUAUCUACUAUUGGCUUAACUGGGCUUUAUUAUUACUUAUUGGUAUUGGUAUUUCAUCCAUGUUCUUUGGACUAGGUAGUAAGAUGAAUUUGUUUUAUGGUUGGUUAGGAGCUAUUGUGUUCACUGUCUAUUUGUUCAUCGAUACUCAAUUAAUCUUUAGAAAAGUUUAUCCAGAUGAAGAGAUUAAAUGUGCAAUGAUGUCAUAUUUAGAUAUUAUUAAUUUAUUCCUAUCCAUUUUAAGAAUAUUGAACAACAGUAGUGACGAUAAUUAG